GAGCAGGCGCGCAUCAUUGGUCCGAGGGCGGAAUAUUGGUAGGCGGUGACGUCGGCGCUUGCGGUUAGAGCUGGUUCAAUCAAACCCCAACCCUUCGAAACUUACCCGGGUUAAUCAAUACUAAGGUAGUUGUUAGUUCAGAUCACCCAGCACCGACUGCAAACCAGACAAUAUCGCAAAACAUGGACGACUUCGCGACUCCUGAUAGCCUGUGCUCCGCGAUAGCUGAGAACGAUCACCGAACGAGAUAGUCGUAACUCCACACGUGCCGAUGGAAGAUGGCGCGCCUAGAAAGUCCGCGGUCGACGAGGUCAAAGCCCAGAACCAUCGCCUCGCAACGCAGUUCAAAGCGCGACAUGUUUAUACUGUGACCUUCUUCUGUCUGAUCCUGGUCUUCCACGUACUGGCACUGUACCUCUUCUGCAGCGGCUUCCUUCUCUCUCGACUAGUCCUGCAAGACCGAUCAGAAUGCGGCGUGCCACCAACAGACCUCAAUACCAGGUAUACGUCAGGCUCGAUAGAGAAAGGCUGCUGGUAUCCGAAAGUCUUCGAUAAAGCUGUUAUUAUCCUCGUCGAUGCACUCCGAUACGACUUCACCGUACCGUUCCAACCUCUCCCCGGCGACAAGCAACCGCACUAUUUCCAUAACGCACUGCCAGUGCUGUACGAGACGUCUGUCCAGUCACCGAACAAUGCAUUUCUACGGCCUUUCAUAGCUGAUCCGCCCACUUCGACGUUGCAGCGGCUCAAGGGUCUGAUGACCGGCACUCUGCCCACAUUCAUCGACAUAGGCUCUAACUUCGCCGGCACUGCAAUUGACGAGGACAACCUGAUUGAGCAACUGUACAAGUCAGGCAAGAAAGUCGCGCAUCUAGGAGAUGACACUUGGCACUCUUUGUUUCCGGGCUACUUUGAACCCAAUCUGACGCGACCAUUCGAUUCUUUCAAUGUGUGGGACCUGCAUACGCUCGACAACGGCGUCAACGAGCACCUCUUCCCACUUCUAGAGCCAGAGAUGACUAACAAAUGGGAUGUGUUGAUCGGCCACUAUCUCGGCGUAGAUCAUGCUGGUCAUCGCUAUGGGCCUGAUCAUCCUGAAAUGGCUGCCAAACUGAGGCAGAUGGACGGCAUCUUUCGUCGCGUCGUCGAUAUGCUGGAUGAAAGUACGCUUCUCGUCGUGAUGGGCGACCAUGGCAUGGACAUCAAAGGCGACCACGGAGGCGAGUCUGACGAGGAAGUUGAAGCUGCACUAUGGAUGUAUUCUAAGCGGCCAGUCUUCGGAUCCCAGCUAGGCCACCCAAUCGAACCGCCUCCAACUGCCAAAGAACGCGCAGUAAGCCAGAUCGACUUGGUACCCACGCUCGCCUUUCUGUUGGGUCUGCCGGUGCCUUUCAACAACCUCGGCCAACCAAUCCCAGAAGCUUUCCUAGGGACUAGGCUCAGCGAUACACCUGACGAUGCGUACGGUAGCCUUGUCGACAUCAACAAGCUCACUGCUUGGCAAAUUUGGCGAUACCAAAUGCAAUACAACAAAGCGCGCGGGAUUGAGCACUCUGCUACGUCCGCGCCGUCGAAACGGUUCACGACAGCGAAUGACGAGUACGCAAACUACCUUGACGACCGCGUUGGAGGAAGGCAUGACCACGUCGCACGCUUGUACGCUGCCUACCAAGCCGAGAAUCUGCGCAUUUGUCGAGAUUUAUGGGCACGCUUCGAUCUCGUCAGCAUGAGCAUGGGUAUCACAGCGCUCAUUGGUACUUUCGCUCUACUUGCCAUCUACGCGCAGGCUAUCAAAAUUGAUAGAGCGGCCAUCACUCCAGCAUUGCUACGGUACGGCGCCGCGGGUACAGCUGGAGGCGCUCUACUCGGAGCAGUGGUAGGCUCACUUCCAUCGCUCUCCUUGCUUCAACUCUCCAUCUUUGGCGCCGUUACGGGCGGAGUUACUGCUACUGCUGCAGGCUUCUGGCCGGAGCGCAAGAUGCUCGCGCUUCCGCUUCCUUCUACCUUCUGGGGCGGUCUCUGCUUCCUUGUCACUCUCAUGCUGUGCGGUGGCUUCGCUGCCAAUUCUUUCACGAUUUGGGAGGAUGAACAGCUGUUGUUUAUCCUUGUCACGUUCGGCGUGCUUUUGCUGGGCAGCUCCUUGGGCCGGCCUGAGCGUGAGGAUAGAGUGCUCGGCGCUAUUCACGCUCUGUCUUUCAUCGUUGCAACACGACUGAGCUCGCUUUCUCGCCUGUGCCGCGAAGAGCAGAUGCCGAACUGCAGGUCUUCGUACUACGCUUCCGCUACAUCAUCGACCUCGGCAGCUUGGCAGCUCGUCAUUCCAUUCGCGGUCCUGGCUGUGCUGCCCUCCGUGAUCGCGAGUGUCUAUGCACGGACGAAGAACUACCAAGGCUCAGCGGUGGUGUGGAUUGGAUAUGCGUUACGUAUCGGGCUGCUCAUGGUCGCCGGAUUCUGGGUUCUAGAUGUCGCGGAUGAUGGGAGCUGGUUCUCGCACAUAGCGAAAGAAACAUUGAAGACUUCGAGGGUGUUGGUGGCCCAAAUGGUGCUCGCGCUGGCAUUUGCCGCAGGCUACGCUACGUAUGUGAUGGCAGCUCCGCUGGUCGACGUUAAGCAGGAAGACGUUGCGGCGACCGAGCCUCCCGCGCCAAAGGCACUGGAUCCGGAUGAUGCGAAUGGGCCAAUCUUCACCCCACUCACUAAUGGGAACAGCACUAAACCGAAACGGCGCAUUAUCAUUCUCGGCUAUGCGAAUAUGUACGGCACGAGAUAUCUUCUUCUACCUUGCGUAUGGAUUCUCGCAUUGCAGUUGGUCCAGAAACCGAUGGGUCAAGGCACGCUCGCGCUAUGCAUGAUCUCAAUUCUGAACGUGCUGGAGAUAGUCGAUGCCAACGACCUGCGCCAGUCGUCUGUCGGACCGAUCGUGCUGGCACUGCUCGGCAGCUUCUACUUCUUCAAGACAGGCCAUCAAGCCGCCCUCUCCACCAUCCAAUGGGAGUCAGCCUUCAUCCCACUCAAGACGAUCCGAUACCCGUGGAGUCCGCUCUUGGUGGUGCUGAAUAGCUACGGAGCACAAAUCCUGUGCGCUAUUGCUGUCCCGGCUAUCGCGGUAUGGAAGGUCAACCCCAAGGAGCCAGGUCUGCUGGGACAGAUUGCUGGGUCAAUGGCAACGCACAUUCUGUUCUAUGCUGCGAUUGCGACAGCCACAGUUGUGGAGAGUGCGUGGUUGAGAAGGCACUUGAUGCUGUAUCGGGUCUUCAUGCCGAGGAUGCUGGUGGCGAUUACGGUGCUUGUGCUGGUCGAAUUUGUGGGGGCGCUGGUGGGGCUCGUAGGAGUAAGAUGGGCGGUGGGAAGUGUCGGGGAGGUGUUUGGAUGGGCGGAAGAGUAGAUACUAGCUGACUACGCGUGUCUCACGCUCCUCUAGCGACUGUUGACAUGCCCUGAUCGUAAAUCUGUUCCUGGCUAUAAA